UGUUAGGUCAGACCAAAGUUAAAUGUGCACGGAAACGAAACAAAUUGACUUGUUCGGGAAGAGGACUUUCAGACAAAACCAGCUCAAUUCAGUGCUGCUACGGUUACUUCAGAGUGAGUUAGAGCUCACACUCAUAAAAUGAAUUACGCAAAUGGAGCUACCAAAGGAGGGAAUGACGAGGAAUUUUUUCGGUCACUCAACGCGGACGAUGCACAGCAGCGACCACCGCUCAAUCCAGAAAUGUUUGAAGAUAUCAUCCGAAAGGACCGUUUGAAGAAAAAAUUUGUCCAGAAAUUCACCAAUUUGUUUAACGAGGAACAACCGGCUCAACCAGCUCAACCAGCUCAACCAACUCAACCAACACCGUCCACUUCAGCACAACCUGCGGAAAAACCAGCUGAGAAGUCACAACCUACCGUUGAGGAAAGAAAUUCACGAAGUCCAUCUCCUGAGCUGGAGAUGGUUCCAUCAACAAGACCAUCGCUACGCCGCUAUACUGUAAUCGAGCGUUUUGUCAUUCAUCCAGUUCCAAUGAAAGUACAAGUGAUGUAUAGUAAUAUGAACAAUAGCUGGGAACACAGGAUUGUGUACUAUGUUAAUCAAUACUGGAAUCCACACGUGCGUUUCGGCUCGGUAUUGCCAAUGUUGCUUGAAAUGGAACGGGAUGUAGGCCCUGGCUGGAGACUAGACAAAGUGAUUCGGAAUGAUGUUGUUCGAAGCAACGCAGUACCGAACAGUACAAUAACCUUUUGUUUUCCUCCUAAUAAGGAGUUGUAUUCGAUUUGGCGUCGAUACAUUUAGUAAUUAUAUCUACUGGGCACCUUUCAUGAAAGAAGCUUUUAUAUAUUA